AUGGGUGACUUCAAUGCCAAGGUACUAGGCUAUGGUCUCGGCUAUGGCUAUGGUGGUCUUGGAUACGGCUAUGGUCUCGGCUACGCCGGCUACGCUCCAGCUGUGCACACUGUCGCUCACGCUGCCCCAGCCGUCCGCGCACCAGUCGCCACUUAUGCCGCUGCUCCAGCUGUUGCCACUUAUGCUGCUGCACCAGUUGCCGCCUACCACGCCGCCCCAGCUGUUGCCACUUAUGCCACGGCUCCAGCGGUCGCCACCUACGCUGCUGCCCCAGCCGUGACAAAGGUUGCUACCACCUACCAAGCGCCAGCUGUCGCCACUGUUGCUCACGCUCCAGUCGCCAGCUACGCUGUUGCCGCCCCAGCCGUGGCCACCUACCCUGCUGCUCCAGCUGUUGCCACCACCACCGUCCACCACACCCAAGCUGUGGCCACUGUUGCUCACGCUGCCCCAGCUGUCGCUGCCUACCACGCCGCUCCAGUCUACAACUACGGUGUCGGAACCCUUGGUUACGGCGUCGGCCACUACGGCUACGGUCACGGUCUUCUCGGCUAUGGCCUGAACUACGGUUAUGGCCUUGGCUCUCCCUACCACUACGGUGCCCUUCUCCGCAAGAAGAAGUGUAAGUAG